AUGUCCGUAAACCAAGAUUUUAAUGUGCUUAAUUUAAUACUUGAUAGGUAUGAGGAAAAGUUUAUCCAACAAAUUGUUCAAGUAAUUUCAACAAAAUUGCAACCUAUACCAUUUAAAGUUGCUGAGUACGAAGUGGGUAUUAAUUCUCGAGCAAACAAAGUAAUCACGUUGCUGAAUGAUAGGUCAAAGGAUAAACUCUUUGUUGGGAUUUGUGGCAUUGGAGGAAUAGGUAAAACAACUGUUGCCAAAGCAGUUUUCAACAAAAUAUCAAAUGAAUUUGAAAGCAAUUGUUUUCUUAAAAAUGUGAGGGAAGAGUCAAAAAAGCAAGAUGGUCUAGCCAAACUACAACAAAAACUUCUCAGAGAGACUCUAAUGGAUAAUUAUUUAAAGAUAUCGAACUCUGACAGGGGAAUCAAUGAAAUAAAGGAUAGACUUAAGCACAAAAAGAUUCUUCUAGUUCUUGAUGAUGUAGAUGAUGAGAUACAAUUAACGAGUUUAGCUGGAAUAAGACAUAAUUGGUUUGGUUCGGGAAGUAGGAUCAUCAUAACAACUAGGGAUGAAAGGUUGUUAAUGAAGUACAAUAUUGUUAAAACAUACAAGGUUGAGCUGUUAGAUGAUGAAGAAGCACUCGAACUUUUCAGUUGGCAUGCAUUCAAGCAAAACGGUCCUGUAAAAAAGUAUCGCGAACUCUCACACUCUGUAAAAGAUUACGCCAAAGGUCUUCCAUUAGCUCUUCAAGUUUUGGGAUCUUUUUUAUGUGAAAGAAGCAUUUUUGAGUGGGUAAGUGGAUUGAAUAAAUUGAAAAGCAACCCUCCCAAAGAAAUUCAAGAUGUUCUCAAGAUAAGUUAUGAUAGCCUUGAUAAAAAAGAGAAGGCUAUAUUCCUCGACAUUGCCUGUUGCUUCAAAGGAUAUAAAGAAAAAUUUGCAAUGGAGUUUUUUGAGAGUUGCGGAUUUCACCCCGUCAUUGGAAUAAAAGUUCUCGUUGAGAGGUCCCUCAUCACUAUAUCAAAAAAUAACGAGCUCCAGAUGCAUGAUUUGAUACAAGAAAUGGGUCGAGAAAUUGUUCGCCAAGAAUCUGAAGAUCCUGGAAAGCGCAGCAGAUUGUGGUCUCAUGAAGACAUCGAUGAAGUAUUUACUGAAAAUACGGUAACAGAAAAUAUCGAAGCCAUUAUGGUAACCAAGGAAGGGUUGGAUGUAAGUGGUGAGGCAUUCACAAAGAUGAGAAAGUUAAGAAUACUCAAAAUCAGUGAUGUGCAGCUUCACGGAUCCCUCACAUAUCUUUCAAAUGAGUUAAGGUAUCUUGAUUGGAAUGGCUAUCCCGAAGAAUAUUUGCCGUACAAUUUUCAUGCAAAAAAACUUGUUCAACUCCAUUUACGUAAUAGCUUGAUCAAAGGGAUUUGGACGGAUAGAAAAAUUCUAAGGAUUUUAAAAGUCAUUGAUCUCAGUUUCUGCAAAAAUCUGGCGGUGAAAAAUCCUAAUUUUUCAGGGUUCCCAUUUCUAGAGAAAUUGAAUCUUAUUGGAUGUGCAAGUUUGGUUGAGGUUGAAUUUGAUGACACGAAGUUUCAAGAUAAGUUAAAAAUCCUCGAUCUCAGCUACUGUAAAAAUUUGAAGAGAACUCCUAAUUUGUCCGGGUUGCCAUGUCUGGAGAAAUUGUAUCUUCAUGGUUGUAGAAGUUUGGUUGAAGUUCAUCCAUCCAUUGAAUUUCACGAGAGGCUUGUUCGGUUGAGAUUCGACAAUUGUAAAAAUUUGAAGAUUCUUGCAACAAGAAUUAAUUUGAAAUCUCUUCAAUCGCUUAAUAUCGAUGGAUGCACAAAACUUGAGAAGUUUCCAGAGAUCCAAGGAGAUAUGGAAUGUUUAGAGAUACUUAUGCUGGAUGGGAAUGCAUUAAAAGAAUUACCUCCAAGCAUUGGAGAUCUUAAAAGGCUUAAAUGUUUAACUCUGAGAUCCUGCAGAAUGAUUGGAAGUUUACCGAACAUUGUUGACAAAAUGAAGAGUUUGGAGGUACUUCAACUGAAGGGAAGUGCUAUAAAAGAUUUACCUCCAUCAAUCGAACAACUUGGAAGCCUUGUGAAGUUAGAUUUGUAUAACUGCAAAAUGCUUGGAAGUUUGCCAAGCAAUAUUGGUGGAAUGAAGAGUUUAAGGAUACUUUGGCUGAGCUUUAGUGGUGUAAAAAAGUUACCACCAUCCAUCCAACAGUUGAAUGUUCUCCAAUUAGAAUGGAGUUACUGCAAUUUAGAUGAAGAAUCCAUUCUCAAUCUUCCUCACUCGUUGUGGAAAUUAAAUUUAAACGGGAAUGACUUUGUUAGCUUACCCGCAAGCUUCUCUCAACUUACAAGCCUUUAUCAACUUGGUUUGAACAAUUGCUUGAGGCUCCAAACACUGGAGUCACUUCCAUCAUCUAUACGGUGUCUUUCUUUGCGUGGUUGCUCAAGCCUCCAAACAUUGUCACUUCCAUCAUUUACAUCAGAAGUUUUGGCACAAGGUUGCGUAUCACUAGAACGCUAUUCCAUUCAAACAAGUGAUGGAUGUAUUUUCACAGAGAGCCAUAAAUUAGUUGAGAAUCACAAGAACAAGAAGCCAAAUAUAUACAACUAUUCAGAAAUUGAAACUUUUAAGCAAAAUGUCCAUGAAAUUGUUUUAUCAGGAAGUGAGAUUCCAAGUUGGUUCUCCCAUAUAUAUGAGAGACGUCAGAGUGGUGAGGAGUUCACUGAUGUGCGGUUGAAUAUAGAUCCAAAUUCUUUUCCCUAUCUCAAAGGAGUUUCUGUUUGCGCCGUUAUCGGAAUUAAUCAAGAUCACAAACCAGAACCAUUCAGUGACGAUGAAGAGAAGAAGAAGGCGGUUACUCUCUCUAUCAAUGGUGAUUCUAGAAAUCGUUAUGAUAUAGGGGAUUGGAUCAACAGAAUCAGUUCAGAUAUGAUCAUGUUUUUUCAUGAACCCAAUAUAGGAUGGAAGUGCAAUUCUGAUGGGUAUUGUUACAUUGAGGCUUCAAUUAGUGGAUCCUAUUCCGAUGGACGACCAUUGACGGUGAAAAAGUGGGGUGUUCAUCCAGUAAUGGAUGUGCAAUAUGAAGAUGAUGAAGAUGGAAAUGAAGAUGAAGAUGAUGAAAACAAAGAAGAAGGGACACGCCAAUGUCUCUCUCCCCCACGUGCACAACAGGGAGAGAAAGGGUAUACAGGAUAGCACUGGGAAAGUGGACCUGCCGUCAAUUUUGCUUCCAAAUGGUAAAGAAACUUUUUUUUGAGAUUCACAACAUCCCUAGGUCGGCUUGAUGUGUUGAAGUACUUUUGAUGCGGUUUUUUUUUUUUUUUUUACAUGCACAUGUUAGCAUGUUUGUUUUACUUUUGAAGUUGUAACGCUUAACUAUGUUUUAGCAUUCUGUUUUUACUUUGGAAUAUGUAAAGCGUGCCUAAGCACACUAUUUGGGACCCUCUCUAUAUGUAUGACGUGUGGCUAAAGGCAAAAAAACCUUUUGAUUGCAUCUAUACUCGUUGGUUUCGAGUUUUACUUUUAAA